UUCAUAUCUCUACACUCUCUCGAAAACUUCUGCCUUCGUCUAAUGAGCAUUCUUUGCAAUUCACGAGGAAAUCGCUGACAGAAUGCGGCACGAGUUAGAUCAAAUUCUAGGGUUUCAACACAUUUGAGUAGUCCUCUUUCCCCCUUUUUGUCAAGUUGCUCGAAAAUAAACCCGUGUUUAUAGCCGCGGUCAUUAGCCAUAGGGAGGAAAAACUCCUGAAAUUUCUCAGUUUGCAAUUGAAUGAGACAUAUCUCCUCCCUUCCCAUUUUGGCAUCCAAUUUCAAGUUCGUUGCCUCAUUUACACGUUUUCAUCCUUUCAAACUCAGCCAUCCACUACGGGGGAUUUAACUACACUGGUCUCUCACAAGCCCCGCCUCGCGCCGGCUCCGCCCAAUAUCGGAGGAAAAAGUGGCGAAGGAGGACAACAAGAAACAGUGAGAUAGUGUGAUGAGAAGCAUUUUACAUUGAAAAAAUUAAUAAAACCCAUCAUAUUAUUCUCCAUUGGAACAUUCUUGGAUCGAGUAUUAAUGCGGCGUCUCUUGCGUUGUUUCUUCAUUCUUAUUGCCGUCGUUAAUCUGGGCAUUUUUCUAGUCGGUCUUGGCGUCGGAAUAAUACAAAACGACCUUCUGAUGGUCUCCGGAGUUCUAACAAUUCUCGGCUUCCUAGGAAUGGUUCUAUCAGCUGUCGCAUGGUUCGUCCAGUCUUCGAAAGCAAAGAAGUUAAUGAAACAAAGGGAGCAGAUGCCGGAGGAGAUGAUAACAAGAGAUACGACUGAAGCAGUGAUGAAGAAUAUAAGGGGAAUUCCGUUUUUGAUUCAGGCAAUUCAAUACUCUAUGGAAACCACAUAUUAUCGAGAUAUGAUGAAUGAGCUGAACGAUGGGAUCGUGAGAACCUCAGUGAUCCAUACAGCACCAGCAUGUCAGUCGGUUUUGGAUUCAGAAGGUGAUACUGAAUCGACAAGGCCCACACCAACACCGAGACGAUCCAGAAACUCGGCAGAAGAGCAGUGGCUGGCUCAUGGUGAAAAAUGGCAAAAUGAGCAGUUGCGGUUAUCCAUGGAACGGGAAAACCCGCACUUUUUGGUUUUUCCAUACAGUGAGGCUUCACCUCAUCGGGAGUCUAUGAAUAAUAUGGAUGCGUUGGUGCAUGAGUUUUCCAGGAUAGACAGCAUUAAACGGCCACACUGCUUCACAAAGCAACAAAAAAUUGCUCACAACAGAUUUCAAGUGCGAUGUAUCGGAAUGUCAGCGGAAUUUAUUGAAAGAUUCAACAAUUCCUUUGGUGCGAAUACUAAUUAUAGCUAAUUUUUACAUUUUUGAUAUAACUUAUACUUAUCUGUAAUUGAUUUUAUUUAUUUCUUUUGCAUUUUUUCCCGUUCUAACUAGACACAAUUUUCAUUGCAGUUUAACAGAAUUAAAAAUCACGUUUAAAUUAAAACAAAAGUGUUUUUUUUUUCAUUUUCUUUUGAAACAUGUAAAGCACAUAAAAAAAUUUCUAGGUGCUGAUAUUAUUUUGAAAACUAUUAUAUUCUUCAAUUUUUUAUUUUCAAUAAAUUACUUCAUUCAA